UUCAACUUUGCACGUCAAAAGUUCGAAGGUGCAAAAAAACACGGACUUCAUUCAAUUCAAAGUAAUAAACUCGUGAUAGUAACUUAAUUAAAACCAGCAACAUAAAAACAAGUUGGCGAAAAUAAUCUAAAUAUUAAAAUGUUAGUGACAAACACACACUGCUCUUAGUAUAACGUAGUUUUCGUAUUUUGUUUUGCAUGCCGUUUGCGCAUUAAUUUUAAUUUGGUCUUUUAAUUAUUUAAUCAUUUAAAGUAGCUAAAGUAUUAUAUUUAAAGGUUUACAAAACAUUUAACGUCCAUUUACUAACAAGUGUGGUAAUAAUUGUAUUAAUUUUGUGGUUUGCAAUCCUUGUUUGAUUAAUUUUCGCAGUUAACAAAUAUAUUCACAAAAAUGGUAGUAUUACAAGGAAUAUUGGUGUGCCUGCCGUUGUAUACUUUUGGGGCGUUGAUGCUUGGCGCGGCCAUAUCAGCUGGUCUGUUUGUGUUCCAUGUCGCCGUGGUGCCUAUGAUCUUCAAGUACUCCAAGACUUUUAGACGGCAUCUUAUAUUCGCUAACUUUGUUCAAUGGCCUCUGUACAUAGACCACGAAGAGCCAUCGACAAGAGGCAUCGACGGAGGUCGCAACAUCAGCAUAGAGUAUCACUCCAAGGUUGACAACUGCAAUGUGAAGAUUGGGAUAUGGCAUAUCCUCCCGAGGAGCGUGUACGAGCGUUUAAAAGGAAGCUUCGAGUGCGGCGGUGAUAAGGAAGACCUCAACAAGCUGCUUGACGAAGAACUGGCCACUUCCAAGAUGCCCAUCAUGAUAUACUGCCACGGAAAUUCCAACUCCCGCGCAGCGACGCACAGGAUACAGCUGUACAGGUUCUUCCAGCAGAUGGACUUUCAUACGAUCGCAUUCGAUUAUAGAGGAUACGGAGACUCAACGAACCUGAACCCCUCAGAAGAUGGCGUGGUGGAAGACUCUUUAGUAGUGUACGAGUGGCUUCACAACACUUUGGAUAAGGCCAAGGACAAACCCGCUAUAUUUGUUUGGGGACAUUCCUUAGGCACAGGCAUAUCGUCCCACCUGCUAGGCAACUUAGACGAACUGUCUGUGAAGGUCCUGGACCGGGCCAAGCCUCUCCCAAUGCCCAAAGGAUUGAUCCUGGAGUCGCCCUUCAACAACUUGGCUGAGGAAGUCGCUGAGAUUCCUAUAUCAAAGCUUGUAACAUGGCUGCCAUAUUUCGACGCGGCGUUCGUGAAACCAUUCCGAGCGGCGCCCGAGCAUUCGUUCCGUUCGGAGGAGCAUUUGGCGCGCGUGCCCGCGCUGCCGAUACUGAUACUGCACGCGAAGGAUGACGUCAUCGUGCCUUUUGUGGUCGGGGUCAGGCUGUUCAAAUCGAUCGUAGCGUCUCGCUCGCUAGGCGGUGCCACCGUCAAGUUGCACGCGUACGACAAGUCGCAGGGGCUGGGACAUAAGUGGAUCUGCCACGCGGAAGACUUGCCUGAGGUGGUCGGAGAGUUCGUGAAAAAUCACCAAUGAAACGGCACACACCGACAGCUUUUAGACGCUCAUUGUAAUUUAGGAUUAUUAUUGUCACAAUACAUUUUCAAGGCUAUAAGUAUAACUUUGUGAUAUACACAAGUCUGCUAAUUUAUAUUAAUAUUUAAUAACUAUUUAUGGAUAAUUAUAAUGCUGUAAACAAAAAUACUCAUCGUGGGGAUUUUGAAAGUAGUACAUAGGACGUAAAAUUUAAGGCACAUUUUUGUUGUAUGCCCUUUUUCACCAUCAAUCCUUAAGCGUUCCCUAACUAAGUAUCACUUUAGUUAAGAUUUCGUAGACGAUUUUCAUAGGAGUCACUUAAAACUUGGGGAUUUAUGGUGAAAACGGGCAUUAGUCUCUCUCAUCACAGGUAAAGGUA